AUGGAGGCUAUUUGCUCCAGCUCUCUGUUUCGAGUCGCGGCUCCUGUGUAUGACCAGGAAUCGAUUCGUCGUGCAGCGUCUGAGUUUUCCGAUAUUAGCAAAAACAACAUUUUGACUGGCUGUGUAGGCUGUGUAGAUGGAUGGCUAUGUACAAUUAAAGCUCCUUCUAGCCGUGAAGUCCCCGAUGUAUCGGCAUUCUUUUCGGGCCAUUAUCUUCAACAUGGAAUUAACGUCCAAGCGAUGUGCGAUGCGGCGUGUCGGUUCACUGGUUAUUGCUUCAAUCCUCCGGGCAAAGUUGCUGACAGUGUGGCUUUAAAAAAGUGGAAGUUAAGCUUGGGCAUAGCCAAUCUGCCUUUGGGAUAUUACGUCAUUGGAGACAACGCAUAUCUUUUGUCCUCUAGGGUCCUUGCUCCUUUUACCAAGCCGGAGAUCAAGUCUACUGACUAUUCCGACUACAACUUUUAUUUAUCUCAGCUACGUAUUCAGACAGAGAUGGCGUUUGGUCUUCUUGUGAACAAGUGGCAAAUAUUUAAGAGGCCACUUUCUGUCGAUUUCGUGCAUGCUGGACUCGUUAUAAAAACAUGUAUUAAUCUGAAGCUUCACAACUAUUGUAUAAACGAGCGUAUUCGUCAGCCGGACAGUGGUGGUCUGACAAAUGCAGCCGUGCGAGAAUUUAAUUCUAUGGAGGACUGCAGUUUCUCGCCAACUGUAGUCGAGGACGACGAAGAAGUGGUGGUGCCAGUGAUGAAUGGUCAUAUAUUCCGCAAUGUAGUUCUUAACCAUAUUCAAAGCUACAAUUUGUCGCGCCCUACUGUUCACCGCAGAAGAUGA